GAGGAGAUGGUGGAAAUAUCUAUGAAGGCAAUGAGCGAAUUUCGAGGUGAAGUUAAUGACUUUCUCAGGGAAGAUAACGGAUCCCCUUAUCUCAAAAUGGUAUAUGAGGAAGUCUUAUUUCUGGUGGGUAAGAAGGUCAUGGAUGAAUCUAUAAGGCUGGAUAAUGAUAAUACUCGCACCUUACAUCAGAUUGUGAAGGAUGUGCUCAAAGAGACCAUAAAUGAUAUUUCACAGAUAGAUCUUAAUGGAGUG